AUGGACCCCCAGUUCGUCCCCCAGCUGCAGGCCUGCCUCGAACAGAUCGCCACCCCCUCCGGCACAGAUGGGAUCAAAGCGGCCACCCAAGCACUCAACGAACAGUUCUAUCGCUCUCCAUUGGCCAUUCCCGGCCUCUUUGAGAUCCUCACGACAUGCAACACCCCCGCGGUCCGCCAGCUCUCGGCUGUCGAGCUGAGGAAGCGGGUCUCCGCUGGCAAACGAAAACAUUGGAAGAAGCUGCAGUCGUCGAUGCGCGAUGCGAUCAAGUCGCGCCUGCUCGAGAUCGUCGUCUCUGAGCCCGUGCCGAUCACCCGCCACUCGAUCGCCCGGGUGAUCGCGGAGAUCGCCGAGUACGAGCUCCCCGAAAAGGCCUGGCCCCAGCUGCUCGGCUUCCUCAUCAAGGCCACCGACAGCCCGGUGGCCCAGGAACGCGAGGUGGCCAUCUUCACCCUCUCCAGCCUCAUGGACACCGUCGUCGACUCGUUCGCCGAGAACCUCCCCCAGAUCUACGCCCUCUUCGCCAAGACCCUCCAGGACCCCGAAAGCCUCGAAGUCCGGGUGACCACCGUCCAGGCCCUCGGCCGCGUGGCCGAGUACAUCGAGGCUGACGAAGAGUCCUCCAUCGCCUCCUUCCAGGCAAUGAUACCCCAGAUGUUGGUCGUGAUCGGACAGACCUUGGAAGCCGGCGACGAAAACGGGGCCAAGAAGGGAUUCGACACCCUCGAAACCCUGCUCAUCAUCGAAGUCCCCCUCAUCAACGCCCACUUCCAGCAAGUCGUCCAGUUCAACGCUACCAUCGGCAACAACAAGAACCUCGACGAAUCCCAGCGCAUCAUGGCCCUCAACUGUCUCCUCUGGACCAUCAAGUUCAAGAAGUCCAAGAUCGCGUCGAUGGACUUGAUCAAGCCUAUCGUCGAUUCCUUGAUUACCAUUGGGGCCGAAGACGAGCCCGAGGACCCGGAAGAUGACUCCGUGGCCAGGACAGCUUUCCGAUGCCUCGACGCCCUCUCCACCUCCCUCUCUCCACAAGCCGUCUUCCCAGCACUCUACGCCCGAAUCCAAGAAUGUUUCCGCAGUCCCGACCCCUCUAUGCGCAAGGCUGCCGUCAUGGCCCUUGGCGUGACUGUCGAAGGCUGCUCCCUCUUCAUCCAGCCGCACAUCGACCAGUUGUGGCCGUUCAUCGACACCAGCUUGGAGGACAACGAUCCCCGCGUGCGUCGUGCAGCCUGCACUGCCCUGUCCUGCAUCUGCGAAAUGCUGGUCGACGAGUGUGCCAGUCGUCACGAGAUCCUGGUUCCCCGAGUUUCGGCUCUGCUCAACGACCCUACCUGUCAAAGGAACGCGAUGACCGCACUCGAUGGGCUCCUCGAAGUCCUCGACGACCAAACCAUCGGGCUCUACCUCCACCCUCUCAUGGAGCGUCUGGUCCCCAUGAUCGACUCGGCGCCUCCCAAGCUCAAGGGCACGGUUGUCGGCGCCAUCGGCUCGGCCGCGUACGCUGCCAAGGGUGCAUUCGAGCCCUACUUCGAUGUCUGCAUGCAGCACAUCACCCCCUUCCUGUCCCUCAAAGGCGAAGGAGACGAGCAGGAGCUGCGAGGCGUUGCGCAAGACACCGUCGGCACCCUCGCCUCUGCCGUCGGCAAGGAAAAAUUCCGCCCCUUCCUCGACGGCUGUCUCAACAUCGCCUUCGAGGCCAUCGAGCUGAACAGCCCCAGUCUGCGCGAAUGCUCGAUGAUCUUCUUUGGCACUCUGGCCAAGGUCUACGAGGCCGAGUUCGUGGCCUACCUCCCCCGGGUGAUGCCGGCGGUGUUUGCGAGUCUGGGCCAGGCGGAGGAGGACGAUGGGUCGGUCCUGCCGAGCGAGAUGAUCAAGGGGUUCAAGGCUGCGGACGACGAAGAGGACGAGGCGGAGGAAGACUCGGAGUUUGUUGAUGUUGAUGAUGUGGACCUGGAUGAUGAUGAGUUGAUGAAGACGACGACGGCGGUGGCCGUCGAGAAGUCGGUGGCCGCCGACGCCGUCUCGGAGCUCUUCGAAUACACCAAAGCCAGCUUCUUGCCCUACCUCGAAACCUCCAUCAAGAGCCUGACCCCCCUGCUCACCCACUUCUAUCCCACCACCCGCAAGGCGGCCGCCACCACGCUCCUCUCCUUCAUCACCAUCGCCUACGAAAUCACCGACUCGCCCAAGCUCGAGCCCGGCAUCGCCAACAUCAAUCUGCCUGACGACGUCCGCAAACUCAUCGACUUGGUCAUCCCCGAGAUCAUGAGCGUCUGGCGCGGCGAGGAUGAGUGUGAUGUCGUCAGCGAUCUCUGCUCUUCUCUCUCGUCGGUUAUUUCUACCGUCGGUGCUGGUGUCGUCGCUCCCACCUAUCUCGACGAGGUGUGCACUCUGAUCCUCACGAUCUUGGAGAGGAAGUCGACUGCGCAGCUCGACAGUGACUUCGAGGAAGCGUCCGCGACCGGCGACCUCUCCGAGGUUGAGUCCAACCUGAUCGGCUGUGCCGCCGACCUGGUGGGCACCUUUGCGACGGUGCUUGGGGCGGACUUCGCCCAAGCGUUCCAGCAGUUCCUGCCAGGCGUGUCGAAGUACUACGACCCCUGUUACUCCCCGACGGACCGGAACAACGCGAUCGGCUCUCUGGCCGAGGUGAUCAACGGGCUGGGCGCCGCCGUCGGCCCGUUCACCGAGCAGCUCCUGCCCCUCGGCUUGAAGGCCACCAAGGACGACGACGUCGAGGUGCGCAGUAACGCCGCGUUCUUCCUCGGCUCGCUCGCCUUCUGGACCCCCCUCGACCUCUCCUCCCACUACAUGACCAUCCUCGAGUCCCUCCAGCCCCUCUUCAUCGUCAACGACGACCCCGCCCGCGAGAAAAGCGAGCGCGCCAAGGACAACGCCGCCGGCGCCGUGGCCCGCUUGAUCCUCAAGAACAAGGCCGCGCUCCCGCUUGACCAAGUGCUGCCGGUGUUCUUCGAGGCCUUGCCGCUCAAACAGGACUUCGCCGAGGCCAGCAAGUGCUUCGACGCCCUCUUCGAGCUCAUCCACGCCGCCCACCCGCUCGUCCAGACCCACUUCGACCACAUCCUCAACGUCUUCUCCCACGCCCUCCAGAACUCGGGCCCCGCUGUGCCCGACGAAAAGGCCGUCGUGCCCCCGGAGACCCGCGACCAGCUCGUCGGCCUCUUGCGCCACCUCCAUUCCCAGGUCCCCGACCAGAUCCAGGCCCAUGGAUUGGCAGCCUACAUCCAGUGA